GGAAGUGAAUGACGUCAGAGCCUAGCACGACGCUAGCUUGCGAUGUAAUCCUCCAAAAAGCGGAUCCUCUUUUUCCUGCGCUUGUUUGUUUUGUCGUAACUGCAAGUGUAGCCGCACAUGCUCACCAUCACCAGCCAGAACUACACUUUACACGGACACGACGUGCACUGGCCUUGGGCACAAUGGAAGCGGUGAACGCCUUCAACACGGAGUUGUUCUCCAUGAUUGACAUGAAGCCUCCAAUAUCUCGCGCUAAAAUGAUGUCUGUGACAAAGUCGGCCAUCAAAGCCAUCAAGCUCUACAAACAUGUGGUCCAGAUUGUUGAAAAGUUCAUCAAGAGGUGCAAACCAGAGCUGAAAGUUCCAGGCUUGUAUGUGGUGGAUUCCAUCGUUCGCCAGUCACGUCAUCAGUUUGGUCUCGACAAGGAUGUUUUUGCACCCCGCUUUUUGAAGAACUUCACAGAAACCUUCCAGAAUCUUUACCACUGCCCAGAGGACGACAAGAACAAAAUCCUGCGAGUGUUGAACCUCUGGCAGAAGAAUGGUGUGUUUGACAUGGACAUCAUUCAGCCUCUGAUGGACAUGGCUAAUGGCGUCGUCGCACCUGCACCCUCACUUGAAGUUCCCACUGAGCCGCAGCCUCCUCCCACAGCGGCCCCAGUUGUAGCCACUUUAUCGCAGAUGCCCACUUCUGACGCUUUAGCUGCUGUGGCUCAACUCUUCCAGUCCCCACAUGGUCAGGAGCUCCAAAAGAUGCUUCAGAACCUGCAACAGACAGAAAAGACACCGACGGCCAAUAAUACCAAUGAGCCACACCCAUCCCCCGUGCCUGUGGCUCAGCCCCAGAUGCUUGAUAUACACACAGAAGAAAGAAGCUCCCUGACUGAGAGACUACUCGACAAGUUUGACUAUGACGACGAACCUGAAAAUGUUGCAACAAAAGUCGCUUUGGACUCCAACAUGGAGUCUGUUCAUCCACCACCAAUGGGACAACCUGCGCCCGGCGAGUUUGUCGGUGGAGCAAGUGACAAUGAGCAUCAGAAGGUGAAAGAUUUAUACCAUUCCAGAAAUGCACACAACUCUAAAUCACAGGUGGAUUCAAGGGAGGAACCAUCUACACGAAGAGAAGGAAGAAGCAGGAGGUCAAGGUCUGGUUCUCGUUCUCCUAGGAGAAGAAGGUCUCGUUCUUCAUCACGCUCGAGAGGGUCCAGGCGCAGACGCUCCAGAAGUCCCCCUAGAGAGCAACGCUGGCGGUCUCGUUCUCAGGACAGGACGGAUCGCGAGCGUGACAGAGAGCGGAGACAGAAGGGUCUUCCUAGCAUCAAGAGCCAGACGCUCAGUGUUUGCAGCACAACACUCUGGGUCGGUCAGCUGGACAAGAAAACACAGCGGUCUGACGUCAUGUCCCUUCUGGAGGAGUUUGGCCAGAUUGACUCAAUCAAUAUGAUACCUCCCAGAGGUUGUGCCUACAUUGUUAUGGUGCACAGACAGGACGCCUACACUGCCUUGAACAAGCUGAGUCGUGGUUCGUACAAAGUCAACCAGAAGUCUGUGAAGAUUGCGUGGGCUUUGAACAAAGGUAUAAAAACAGCACACAAGAAGUUGUGGGACGUGGAGCGAGGGGUCACCUACAUCCCCUGGGCCAAAGUGAAAACCGAGGAGCUAGAGGGCUAUCGAGAAGGAGGAAUGUUCGACCCAGACACAUUAACUGAAGAUUGGAAAAGUGUUCUGGACCUCAAAAAGCAGGCAGUUGUGAACGGCAUGUCGGAUACUGCACCAAGAGAUGGGACCGUCGAAGCUCAGAUUCAGGGGCCAGCCAUGGAGUCCAUCAGGAGCCCCCCAGCCUUUACGUCUCCAGCCUUGAUGUCCCCCGGGUCCAUGCACACCAUGGGGGGUCCUGUCACUUCGCCUGUGUCCAUGCCCCCAUUGGGGGGUCCUGGCCCUGUCCCUUCAACUCUGUCCAUGCCCCCACCGGGGGGUCCUGUCCCUGGGUCCAUGCCCCGAAUGGGGGGUCCUGUCCCUACCCCCUCAACUGUGUCUAUGCCCCGAAUGGGGGGUUUUGUCCCUAUCCCUUCAACUGGGUCCAUGCCCCCACUGGGGGGUCCUGUCCCUGGGUCCAUGCCCCGAAUGGGGGGUCCUGUCCCUACCCCCUCAACUGUGUCUAUGCCCCGAAUGGGGGGUCCUGGCCCUGUCCCUUCAACUCUGUCCAUGCCCCCACCGGGGGGUCCUGUACCUGGGUCCAUGCCCCGAAUGGGGGGUCCUGUCCCUACCCCCUCAACUGUGUCUAUGCCCCGAAUGGGGGGUUUUGUCCCUGUCCCUUCAACUGGGUCCAUGUCCCCACUGGGGGGUCCUGUCCCUGGGUCCAUGCCCCGAAUGGGGGGUCCAGUCCCUACCCCCUCAAAUGUGUCUAUGCCCCGAAUGGGGGGUUUUGUCCCUGUCUCUUCAACUGUGUCCACGCCCCGAAUGGGGGGUUUUGUCCCUGUCCCUUCAACUGUGUCCAUGCCCCCACUGGGUGGCCCUCACCUGCUGGACUUCAAGCCUCGUAGCUCAGCACCAGGCGUCAAACCCGCAGAAGACAUGACCUCUGACCCUGGCCUGGGAACACCUGCGGACCCCGAGCUGGGCCCCCCAGAGCCUGUGGUGAUGAACCUCCCGCCCGGCCCUUACCAUCGCCCCCCUCCCCGCUUCCUGCCCCCCCACAACAUGCCCCCCCAAAUGAUGCCCGGGGGACCGACCUUCCCCAGGUUCAGGAUGCGCCUGCCCUUCCCCCCUCGCGGCCCCAUCCUCCCCCGGCCGCCCUUCAUGGGGCCGCCGGAGGGCCCCUUCCGUGGAAGGCCGCCUUUCAGGGGCCCCGUUCGCUUCCCAAGAGGCGGCUGGUAGAAGGAAAACUUUUGUUUUUACAGCCAACUUUUUUUUUAGUGAUGCCCCCCCGGCUGUAAAUAAUGUACAUGCUCGCCACCUUUGAUAUCUUUUUGUAUAUUUUUGUCAAAGCAGUGGAAAGAAAUCAUCUUGUGCUGAUUUCACAACACUCAAGUUUUUAGUCCAAGAUCACAGCUUUUCUUGUCCGCCACUAGAGGGCGACACCUGCCAGCACUUGCUGUCAUUAAACAACUUCUGUCCAAA